AUGAUUCCGGACACCAAACAUCGUGAUAUCAAUAUACGUGUUCAAUUAUCUUCUUUUCUAGGUGCGCAUUUUGCAGGAAUUGGCUACGCUGGUGUAACUAAAAUAUUUGGGGCGAUGAAUAUGCCUCCACCAAUACAAGAAGAUCAUUAUGAAGAAAUUGAUAGAAAAUGUUUAUUACCAUGUAUCAAAAAAUUCCAACAUGAAUCAAUGCAAGCUGCUAUUUAUGAAGCUGUUGAUGAGAACGAUGGUGAUCCAACAGCCUUAACAGUUAGCGGAGAUGGAACAUGGCAAAGACGAGGCUUCAAAAGUAUUCAUGGAGUAGCAGCUGUUUUAUCGUGCAACACAACACCGAAAGUACUUGAUGUUCAACGUUUAUCAAAAAAAUGUGUGAUAUGCACUGGUGCAUUAAGUAUGAAAAAUACAGAUCCAGAUUUAUAUGACGAAAUUAUUAAGAAUCACGACUGUGAAUCAAAUUAUGAUGGUUCAUCUGGAGGUAUGGAAUCACAAGGCAUUCAAGACAUAUUUAAACGUUCCGUUCCAAUGUAUCAAGUUCAGUUCACUCGGUAUAUUGGAGAUGGAGACUCGUCAGUCAUGUGGAAUCUUACUCAACAUCCUCCAUAUCCAGAUAUCAAAAUUGAAAAGAUCGAAGACAUCAAUCAUUGGUCAAAGAGAAUGUUAUAUCGGUUGGAAAAGUUUACACAAGAGUUGAAAGAUACAAUGCUAGAUCCAGAAAAAAAAACGAAAAGGAAUUGGUGGUAUUAA